AUUCACGUAGCCAUCCUGGCAUUGACAGACACAGUAGCUAUAAUUGUCAAAGUAGUCUACUGGCAGGCCUCGGGUCACUUCGUUCAACUGACCGUUCCUGGCUGUACAUUCCUCAUGUUUAUCCAACAAUUCUCAACCGUCUACGCCAACUGGGUUGUCGUCGCCAUGACAACAGAACGCUUCCUUGCCGUCUGGUUUCCGCUCCGGGUUGGGCGGAUGUACACGCGAAGGAAAGCCAUUCUAACCUUGGCCAGUUUGGCUUGUAUAACUGCAGCUGUUUACUUCUUCUUUUUCUGGUCAUGGACAGAGUACUAUGAAGAAGGAUACGGCUACUGGUGCGAGAUGAAGCAUGGAUACACCAUUUUUAUCACGGAAAGCUUUUACUGGAUUGACGGAGUGUAUUACGCAAUUCUACCGUGUCUUUUAAUUUUAGUUGGCAACACGUUAAUUAUCACCAACAUCAAACGAGCCACAAAGAUCCAAAGACAUUUGACCAAUUCGUUUGACCAAGGUGGGAGAAAAACCAGAGACCAGAGACAAAUAACGGUAAUGCUGGUUGUUGUGAGUGUGAUAUUCUUGUUGCUGAUUAUGCCCUCAGCAAUAUUUUACAUCAUCAAACCCUCGUGGAAUUACCAGCAACACUCGUAUGAACAUGUCAAGUACUUGUUUACCACCCGGUUCAUUCAUGUAUUGGCUGACGCUAAUCAUGCUGUCAAUUUUUAUCUAUAUUUUCUCAGGUAA